GUAAUUAUCGACCAGAGUCUGGAGUUGCAGCGAGGGACUGAUUUUUGGUUCUCUGGCGUCCAACUCUUUGACUUGUUGCUCUGUUAUUUCUUUCUCAAAAUCUCUCAUCUAUCCAUUUUAGUGCUUACAUUUCCUGCAGUCCGCUGCUUUUCCUACUCGUUAGGUCUGCGCAGGAGGACGGAAAACUGUGACUGUGGCUGCUGGCGGAGGCUUUCUUUUUUUCCUUCUGUAACUGGUUUCUGAAGAUGGAUUCUCUUAGCUUGAUCAGUUAGCGAGAGAGAGACAGAGCGGCAGAGAGAGAGAGAGAGGGAGAGAGCAUUUCUUGUGGGAGUUCUCAAUGGGUAAAGAGAGAAAGAAGGAUAGAUCACCUGCGCUUCUUCUUCUCGCAGCCAUUUUAGGAUUGUUUUCCCACUGCGUUGAUGCAACGGAUGAUGUUAGCGCAUUGUUAGCCUUCAAGGAAUCAAUAUAUGAUGACCCCUUCUCACGAUUGUCCAAUUGGAAUUCUCUUGAUGAAGAUCCUUGUAAUUGGUCCGGUGUAGUUUGCAGGCCAGGUUCCAGAAGCGUUACAUCCCUGAACCUACCCAGUUCUUCCCUCUGUGGAUUUCUUGCGCCAGAGCUUGGUCUCCUGACCUCUUUGCAAGCACUGAACCUUUCAAGAAAUAAUAUUCUUGGAAUAAUACCAAAACAAAUCGGGAGACUAUCUGAACUGAAGAUCCUCGAUUUGAGUGGCAAUCAGCUCUCUGGGACCAUACCAAAUGAAGUUGGAAACUUGACUAGCAUUAUGAAGAUAUACCUUCAACAUAAUCAAUUGACGGGCAACCUGCCCCCUGAACUUGGUAAGUUGAGGAGUCUUGUCGAGGUGAAGUUGAAUAAGAACAGGCUUCAAGGACCUUUAUCUGGAAGUUACGACCCUGUGAACCUCACAGAUAAUCUGCAAGGAUUGAAUACUGUCCCAAGUAAUUCUGUUGGUUUUUGUCAGUCUCCUAAUCUGAAGGUCGCAGAUUUUUCUGAUAAUUUCUUCAUUGGAAGAAUUCCCUCAUGCUUAGACCAUCUACCAAGGUCAAGCUUUCGAAAGAACUGUUUUCUUGACAGGGAUUCCAUCAUUCAACGUUCCAUUCAACAAUGUGGUGCCAGUAAGUACCAGAAAGGCCAUCCGACUGUCAAACCAGAUAAGGAAAGGGAAUCCACACAGAAAGCCUCAACUAAAUGCAUGUGGCUGCUAGCUGUCAAAAUUGCAACUGGGGUCAUUGCAGGCUCUCUUUUUCUGUAUAUUGUUGGUAUAGUUUUUGUGAAGUGUAAAGACAAAAAGAAAGUUAAGAUAUCUUGGAAAAAAAUAUCAUCUGCACGGGAACCAAAAGAACUAGCAGGCCAUGAAGUAUUAAAGGGUGUCUUGAAGAUAAGCCGACAGGAGCUCGAAGUAGCAUGUGAAGAGUUCAGCAACAUAAUUGGCUCUUCUCCAGAUAGUGUGGUAUACAAGGGAACUAUGAAAGGUGGACCUGAGAUUGCAGUGAUAUCUCUUUGCAUCUCAGAAGACAGUUGGACAAGUUUUCGAGAUCUUUACUUCCAAAGACAGGUGGCUGGCUUGGCAAGGUUGAACCAUGAGAACACAGCCAAGUUGAUAGGCUACUGCAGCGAGAAUUAUCCAUUUUCAAGGAUGCUCAUAUUUGAGUAUGCGUCCAACGGGACGUUGUACGAACACCUUCACUAUGGUGAAGGAUGUCAACUAUCAUGGACCAGGCGCAUGAAAAUUAUUGUGGGAGUAGCUUGUGGCCUCAGAUACAUGCAUUAUGAGCUUCAGCCUGCUUUUACUUUAUUAGAACUGAAUUCCAGUGCCGUUUAUCUCACAGAGGACUUUUCACCCAAGUUGGUUGAUUUUGAGAGUUGGAAAGCAAUACUUUCUAGAUCUGGAAGUUCUUGUUUGGUCAACAGCAAUGGAAAUUCCACAGAAUUAGUCGGAAGAAUCUGUUCGGACAUGAAAGGGAUCAUUUUUUCAUUUGGAGUACUUCUACUGGAGAUUAUCAGUGGUAGGCCUCCUUACUGCAAGGACAAAGGGUUCCUGGUUGAUUGGGCAAGGGAGUACCUAGAGAUGCCUGAAGUGAUUUCUUGUUUGGUGGAUCCACAACUGAAAUAUUUCCGGCAUGAAGAUAUCAAAGUCGUAUGUGAAGUGGUGACUUUGUGCAUUCGACCGGAACCAACGGAGCGGCCGUCGAUAAACAUAUUAUGCUCCAUGCUGGAAAAUGGUAUUGAUGUGUCGCCUGCUGCUAAUCUAAAAGAGUCUUCUUUGGCUUGGGCAGAAUUGGCCAUAUCAUCUUAGCAGUUGCUGAAAGGACCUAAGGACGGGGAAGAUCACAGUUCAUGUGCUGAUUGUGAAGAAGUUUCUUUGAUUUUUUAUAACUGUAAAUAAUGUUUGUUCAUUUUACCAGGAUAUGAUCUAGAUGAAGGGCACCCACUAAUGAAAAUUGCUUACUCAAUGCGAAGAACCUUUUCUUGCUACCAAA